CAGUGUCUCGGUAAAUAAUCGGCAAUUAGCGGUCUACGGUAACGGUCUGUCGGUCUGCGUCUUGGCGUUGUUUAGUGUGCGUGGUUCGGCCUUUGGAAGUUAACUACACAGCUAGUACUUAUUAAAUAUUUGUAAUUUAUUAUUUUUCUACCGUUUACUUAUUAACUGUACUGAACAUUGAUUAGCGAGUUCUGAACGAAUGGUGAUCAGCGAUUUCACAUCAAUUCAAGAUAAGAAAAAAUGGAUGAAACAAAAAAUGGAAUGGAUUCAUUUGACCAAGUUGAUGUUCUAACGGAGGAGAAGUCAUCAAUAGAUGUAGAUAAUUCAGUACAAGAAAACAAUCAUUCUUCGUUACAUAAUAUGGAUGAUGAAGAACGAAAGGAAAGAUAUAAAAAUUUACUUACACUUUUAGAAAACAGUACUAAGUUAUCUAAUGCAUUUGAAACCAGAUUAAAAAAAUGUAAACUUAAAAUUGUUGAAGCCAAAUUAGAAAAAACUAAUAAAAUUGAUGAAAAUGUACCAAAAACUGUUGAAAAUGAUUCAAUUAAAGAUUCAAAUAAUCAACCAACCGAAGAAAAUGAAGAAUAUGAAAACUAUUAUUUAAAGUUAUUUCAACAACCAAAAUUAUUUAAAGGAACGCUUAAAGAUUACCAGAAAGAAGGUCUUUUAUGGAUAAGAACUUUGUUUGAAAAUGGAUUAAACGGUAUCUUAGCUGAUGAUAUGGGACUUGGUAAGACUAUACAAGCUAUUGCUUUCUAUUGUUUCCUUUUAGAAAUGGGAAUAAAAGGACCAUUUCUUGUUAUUGCACCAUUGUCUACAAUUCCCAAUUGGUUAUCAGAAUUUUCUAAAUUUUCUCCUCAGCUAAACACUCUUUUAUAUCAUGGGACAGAUAAUGAACGCUGUAAAAUUCGAUCACAAAUUAAUGUAAAGCAUACAGUGGAUAAAUUAGACUAUUUUUCUAUUGUUAUUACAACUUUUGAAAUUUUGCGUAUAGACACAAAAGUUUUAAAAGGGUAUGAUUGGAAGUAUAUUACAAUUGAUGAAGGUCAUAAAAUGAAAAAUCCUUUGACCUUAACAUCCAGAUGCCUUCGUGAAUUCGCUUGUACAAAUAAACUUAUACUUACUGGAACACCUAUUCAGAAUAAUAUGGAUGAAUUGUGGACUUUAUUAAAUCUAUUGAUGCCAAAGUUAUUUAAUGAUAUAAAAGAUUUUAGCUCAUGGUUUGCGAUUGAUGAUUUUCAUGGUACAAAUGACCAGAUUGUUGAUUUAGCUACUAAGGAUGAAAUAUUGAACAUCAUAGUAAAAAUACUAAAACCUUUUAUUUUGAGAAGGCAAAAAGCAGAAACCAAUCUAAAUUUACCUCCAAAGAAAGAAAUUGUUAUUUAUGCUCCAGUCACAGAACAACAACAUAAACUAUACAUGGCUACAUUGUCCAGAGAAAUGAAUAUAUUGUUAAAUAAGAAACCGGAAAUUGAUAUUGAGUCUGGUGUAAGGGCUAAAAGGAAAUGUGUAGAAUCUAUUGAAAGAUAUACUGAAAAUAGAGUUAUCAGAAAAACUGAACCAGAACAUAAAGCCGAGUCCAAAGAUAAAAUUGUCUCACUAGUUUUAUUGAAUCCAUUUAUGCAACUAAAGAAAAUAUCUAAUCAUCCAUACCUUGUUCACAUGCCUUUAUCUCCGGGGAGAAGUUCAGUUCUUGUUGAUGAAAACAUAGUUAAAGCUAGUGGAAAGUUUCUAAUAUUGGAUGCAAUGCUAUCUAAGUUAAAAUUGCUCGGUCAUAAGGUGUUGCUGUUUUCUACAAUGAUACAGUUAUUAGAUCUAAUCGAAGAGUUUUUAAUUUUUCGUUCCUACGAAUAUGCCAGAUUAGAUGGUACUAUGAAUAUUAAUACUAGAGUGGACGAAAUUAAUACAUUCACUAACGAUCCCAACUGUUUUGUGAUGUUGAUAUCAACGCGUGCUGGUGGACUUGGUUUAAAUUUGACUGCAGCAGAUACUGUUAUCAUAUUUGACAGUGACUGGAAUCCACAAUGUGAUUUACAAGCCCAAGAUCGGUGUCAUAGAAUUGGCCAAGUAAAACCAGUGGUUGUAUACCGUUUGUGCACUAAAAGCACUGUUGAUGAAAAAAUCUUAGCGAACGCUGCUGCUAAAAGGAAAUUAGAAAAAAUUGUUAUUGGCAACGGUACAUUUAAUAGAACCACAAAAGUUAACUUAUCUAAUAUAAAAGAGUUGAUGAAUUUAUUAGAAUCAUCUGAUUAUGAUAAACAAAUACAGUCGAAUGGAUUUAUAUUAUCGGAUGAAGAAUUAGAUUCACUCUUGGACCGUUCUGAUAUGAUUAAAUCAUCACCAAAAACAAAUGCUACUCAGUCUGCCAAACAUUUCGAAGUAUUGACUUAAUUGUUCAUUAUUAUUUUUUUUUCCUAUAAGUAGUAUCUAUAUAGCUGUUAAUUUUAAUACAUUUAUAGAACUAAAUUAAUGAUUUCAUAUGUUAAAAGGUUAAUAUUAUUUUGUUUUGUUUCAUUUUAUUUAUUUUCUAUUACAUUUUAUGUACUUUGAAAAG